AUGGAAUGGGCAAAAGACAUUCCCUGUAGAUAUAUUUCCUUAUAUGGGUUUUGUAAAAAUGAAAACAAUGGAUGUUGUUACAAUCAUGAUAUAAAAAAAAAAGACAUCCAAGCGGUAAAAGUGCAUGAUGAAUCUAAAAGAGAAGAAGAAGAAGGAGAAGAAGAAGAAGAAGAAGGAGAAGCGAAUGAUAAUGAUAGUGAGCAAAUAAAGGACCAAAAAAGUCAAAAACACAAGCAACAGCAACAGCAAGAAAAUAAUAAUGGGGAGGAUAAUGCAGACCAAGAAGACAAAAAUGAAGAAAUGGUUCCAAAAGAAAAAAGAACACCCUCAAAAUUUAACCCUAAUAGGACGUUGCCCUUUACGCCUUUUUCGAAAAUAAUAGCUCCAAAGGCUGAUGAUAUGGAGUCAUCAUUAUCAUUGAACAAUACAAAAUUAACAACAGAGAAUAUCGCUGUUAUUCCUGCUUCUGCUUCUUCUUCUUCCUCUUCCAAAUUUAAUCCGUAUGCCCAAACAUUUACACCUCAUAGUGCAGGAAAUAAUAUUACAUUAAAUAAUAACAACGCUAAAAACCUCAAUGAUGUUCCAUCUUCAACUUUUAUGAAAAAAAAAGUUUCCAGUAACAAUAAAUUGGUAAGUAAUAUUAAGCCCUCUAUUAUUGCCAAAGAUAAAAAUACUAAUAACUUACCCUCACCAACAUCCCCUGUUGCCACCAUUAAUACUACUGGAAUAGCUGGAAAUGGAGGCGUAUUCACUAGAUUACUAUCGCCUAAAACCCAAGAUAUUAAUUCUUCGGCAACGGCGACGGCAAUGCUGAAUGCAAAUAACUCAAUAAUUAUGAGCAAAGAAGAAGGAUCUUUACCUUUAUCUACCUCAGCUUCAUCAUUACAUCUAACAUCGAAUGGUAUCGGUGCAGUUACUACAUUUCAAAAUGGAUUCCCAUCCGUGCCAUCCACUGCAUCUGGUCUUCCCCUAACAUCAUCCUAUUUACAACAUCAUUUGUAUGCGCCAGACCCUCCACCACAUUUACAGGUUCCCAUUGAGCCACACCAAAGGACACCUCAGAUGUUGUUCAUUCCAAAUAAUGUUCGUAUUGAAUUGGUUGAAAAAAAUAAAGAUCUAUUGAAUUACACGAUUCCUAACCCACAAGAAUUUAUUCCUUCUAUUGUAAACGAAUAUUUUGGUUUGGUUCCAUUAAACUAUGUGACUUCACCCAGUUGUAAAUGUUAUAAAGUGUUUUCGAACGAGGAUGGAACUGUUUGUUUAUUGUAUAGAAUACCAAAUGCCCCCAUUGAAAUAGCAAAUCCUAAACUUAUUGCAUCAACAUUUUCCAAAUGGUCGUUGGGUUUGAAAAAAAAUAGCAACAUAUUAACGUUGAAAAAUUUAUUUACUACCACAGCAUUUAAUGAUACUUCUUUGUGCUUUGUUUAUGACUACUAUCCCCUGAGUAUAACUUUGAAAGAUUACUAUUUUAUGCAUAAAAUUACAAAGAACAAUAAAACAGAAGAGGGAAAUGACGAUGACUUAGUUUUAAAAAAAUCCAGUGUCACUAAAGAUUACGUGUGGGCUUAUUUGAUUCAAAUAGUGAAUGCAAUUAAAGAUAUACAUGCUCAAGACUUGUAUGUGGGUACUUUUAACUUGUCCUCGAUAUUGAUGACUAGCGUGCCAGGAAAAAUAAAGUUAUUUGGAUGCGGUGUUACAUAUUUAAUGAAUGAAAGCAUAACUGACAAUGUUAAGAAUGGAAACGAAAACAUAAAGGAAAGAAUUUUUAAACACCAGCAAGAAGAUUUUAUAAAAUUGGGACAUUUUUUGCAAAAAUUUGAUAUUAAGGAAGAUGAUCCAGAAUUUCAAUCUAUUUUCCAGUAUCUAUUUUCUAAAGAUAUUACCAGUAAAAAUGUUAAAGAUUUAAGUAAGUUAUUAGGGUACAAAAUGCUAGAUGUUGUUGAUUUUCUACAGACAAAUACUGAAUAUUUAGAAUCAUUGCUAUCAAAGGAAUUAGAAAAUGAUCGUUUAUUUAGGUUGAUCUGUAAAUUAAAUUUUAUAUUACACCGACCUGAAUUUGCGAAUGAUUUAACAUGGUCUGAUAAUGGCUCGAAGUUCCCCAUCAAAUUGUUUUAUCAUUUUGUUUUCCAUCAAACUGAUGAACGAGGUAAGAAAAUUAUGGACUUGACACAUGUGUUGCGUUGUUUGAAUAAAUUAGAUGCAGGUAGUGAAGAGAAAGUUUUAUUGGUAACCCCUGAUGAAAUGAAUUGUAUUGUUAUCACUUAUAAAGAAUUGAAGCACCUAAUAGAUACUACUUUUAGAAGUCUAAUUUAA